AUGGAGGAGGAAAAUCAGCGACCAAAGGACAUGACCCCAGAAACAUGGGCACUUGUCGAGGACCUCUUCCCCCGUAGUCUCAAUAGAAGCAGUGCUCAUCCUCACCUGCCUUCAUCCUCGGGCCACGCCAGUGAUAUGGCAACCUAUGACGGCAGCGAGGCAGCGGCCAGCGAUGGAGACCAAAGCUACAGCGUCGUUGAUGGCAUUAGCAGCACCUCCGAGACGCCAUCUCUCCUGACUCCACCUCUCACCAACACUGACGAUGAAGAAUUCGAGGAUAUCGAAGAUGAGUACGAGGAUGAAGAUGGGAGCAGCGUUGCCACUCCCUCGGGCUGGGGCUCUACCCCAGCACACUCCGUUGAUAGCGAACAUGACCAAGAAGUAUAUGACCAUGAUGAAUAUGAAGAUGAAUCCGAAGAAGAAGAAGCAUCUGAAGAAGAAUCCGAAGAUGAGAGAAACUACGUACAGUCUCGUGGUGUUGACUGGCCCGAAUCAACUUCAAACCCGGCGCAGUUUGACCGUGUAGAGCAACAGAACAACCACAAUGGAGUCCCUCGCCAUCAUCCGUGUUCUGAUGCCACUCAUAUCUUUGACGAACCUGAAAGCUACGAUGACCAUGAAACCAAUCAUCAUGAUGAGGAGAUGCCCGGGGAUGAAAGCAGAGAGGCCCCAGCUAAUACUUCUCCACAGAAUACACCAUCUCAUCUGGCCCAGACACAUGCAGAUGUCUUGAGGAGAGCUAUCGAGACCAUAACACAGCAAAACGAGAUGAUAUCAGCCCUGUCUCAAUCCCGGCCUGCAUACACGCAGCCGGGCGCUGUACCUGGCCAGGGGAAGCCCAAAAAGAAAGAAGGAAAACAGAAACUUCCACGUUCUCAAGGGUUUAGCAAUAGACUUGCACAGCUCAUGGAGAAAUAUCCUGACAUUUUCCAUGUACUUGUGCUAGUAAUCUUGUCCCUUGUCGCCACAGCCCUCACGUUUCCAUACAUUGAUACCUGCCUAGGGAUAUCUACCCAGGUCCAGGAGGGCGCAGUAACAGGAAGAGUUCAAACUAUUAUCACCCCCGUUGCUACACCGGUCAUAUGUGCGAAGACUCCGGUCGUUUCGACUUCUCCAGAGGGAGUACAGUACUUUGAAUCACAUUCUCGUGCCCCGCAGAAUAUGGACGACUUCAUCACGCAGCUAACCUGCGCCAAAGCUCAGGGCAUGAGUGAAUCAGACGAUGUCCAGGUCCAUGUCGUCGGCGACCACCAUAUGGUUGUCCGAUUACCCAACCGCCUCGUAUCAGUGAGAGACGGAAACAAGUUUGAUAUCAAAGUGACUCGGGAGAAUAACGGCCUCCCAUUUGACCUCUAUAAGCUGUUCGACGGCGUCUUUACCCUUCGACUUGCCCCCGAGGAUGCUUAUGGUCCCAUGAACAUUACCGUCUCUGCAUUGUCAAAGCCAAAAUUGACCAAGGUCACCGGCGUUGACUUUGGCACCCCAUGGCUGAAAAUUGCUAGCUGGAAGAGAGCUACCCAGUCUCUGUCCCAGACGCUCCGUGGAGACCUGGCCGACGCCAAGACUGGACUCUCAAAAGUAUACAUUAAACUCACCUUUGACUUUAGGAGCAUGUAUGAUGCCUGGGGGAUGUACACCAACAAAACCUCUGCCGACGCAACAAGCAACCGCAUCAGCAAUCUCUUUGACCGUGCUGUUAGCCGUGCAAAAAAAUCCGUAGCCAGGUCCAGGGAGGCCUCAGACGGGUUCUUCAAAAAGGCGAAGGAAUCCCUCCGCCAAUCGUCUGACCAGCUAAGGGCAGAAGCACAACUUAUGCGUCGAAAGGCCCGGAGAUCCGCCUCCUCCAUGAUGUCAGCCGCGCAGGAGAGAGCACAGCAGCUUCGAGCUCCUGCCUUUAGUUUCGACUUGAAGGCCAAGUUCCGAGACCUCCGAAAAAAUCUUACGGCUUCCACUUGA